GCAGUUGCAGAGACGGGGCUCUCGGCUCUUUCGCGGUGUGAAAUGGAUUAAAUGAAGGCUGACUGCAGGAUGGACGUCGAGGACUCGGAGGGCAGCUGGGAAGCGCUGGGUAGCCGUGACCCCGUGUCCAGGGAGGCGGCCAUGGAGAACAUUCGGCAGGAGGUGAUGAGGAGGGUGCAGAACACCGGACCCGCGCAGGAGAACCCGUCGUCUCCUGGUGCCGCCGGCACCUGCCCGAGUGACCUCAACCACAUGCUGGCCCGACUGCUCAUGCUGUCCCAGAGGUGCCCGCAUGCUGAUGUCAGGGAGAAGUGUGCGGGCACCCUGCAGAGCAUCCAGGACAUCGGAGCGAGGAUCCCGAGACCGCUAGGGAACGGACCAAGCAGGUUUAUCCCUGAGAAAGAGAUCCUGCAGGUGAGCAGAGUGGAAGUGAGGACGCAGUCCAUAUUCGAAGAUGCUUUCGCUGCCCUCGGCCGCCUGGACAACAUCUCCCUGGUCAUGGGCUUCCACCCGCAGUACCUGGAGAGCUUCCUCAGGACGCAGCACUACCUGCUGCAGAUGGACGGCCCGCUGUCCCUUCACUACCGCCACUACAUCGGGAUCAUGGCGGCCGCGAGGCAUCAGUGCUCCUACCUGGUGAACCUGCACGUCAACGACUUCCUGCAGGUAGGCGGGGACCCCAAGUGGCUGAGCGGCCUGGACGGAGCUCCGCGCAAACUGCAGCAGCUCGGCGAGAUCAACAAGGUCCUCGCCCACCGGCCCUGGCUGCUCACCAAGGCGCACAUCGAGCAGCUGCUGAAGGCUGAGGAGAACAGCUGGUCGCUGGCUGAGCUCAUCCAUGCCGUAGUGCUCCUCACACACUACCACGCCUUGGCCUCCUUCACGUUCGGCUGCGGCAUCAACCCGGAGAUCCACUGCGACGGCGGCCACACCUUCAGACCGCCUUCCGUGAGCAGCUACUGCGCAUGUGACAUCGCCAACGGCAACGGGGCCAUGGAGGAGGUGCAGGGCAACCAUCAGGUGCCCGAGGCGCCCUGUGAGGUGGAGGUCCUCAUGGAGAAGAUGAAGCAGCUGCAGGAGUGCCGGGACGAGGAGGAGGCGAGCCAGGAGGAGAUGGCCACGCGCUUCGAGAGGGAGAAGACCGAAAGCAUGCUGGUGUCCACCUCGGAGGACGAGGAGACGUUGCCAUCGAGAGAAGUUUCCCGCCAUUUCGAGGACCCCAGUUACGGCUACAAGGACUUCUCCAGGCGUGGAGAGCACGUCCCCACGUUCCGCAUGCAGGAUUACAGCUGGGAAGACCACGGUUUCUCGCUCGUGAACCGUCUCUAUCCGGACUUCGGGCAGCUGCUGGACGAGAAGUUCCAGAUCGCCUACAACCUGACGUACAACACGAUGGCGGCUCACCGGGGCGUAGAUACUUCGAUGCUGCGACGUGCCAUCUGGAACUACAUCCACUGCAUGUUCGGCAUCAGAUAUGACGACUACGACUAUGGCGAGAUCAAUCAGUUGCUGGACCGUAGCUUUAAAGUGUACAUCAAGACCAUGGUGUGCAGUCCUGAGAAGAUCACCAAACGAAUGUAUGAGAGCUUCUGGAGACAGUUCUGGCACUCCGAGAAGGUCCAUGUGAAUCUGCUUCUUAUGGAAGCAAGAAUGCAGGCUGAGCUGCUCUAUGCUCUGAGAGCUAUCACCCACUACAUGACAUGAAGUGGCUUUUUUAAAAAAAGAAAAAGG